AGAAAAGCUAUUACAGCAACAACACCUGGUUGCUAAGGAAGCUUACAUUCGGAACGCUCGGUUUUCUUCGGCAUGGAGUACUAGACCAGGGUUUAGGAGGAAGAAUGGUUUUUGACUUUAUGAAAGAACUUAGUUGCUAAGCAACCCAGCAACAUGUCGGAAGAAAAAACUAUAACCCUGUCUAUGGACAGGGAGGAGUCCCUUUUGAGAGGGUACAUCCCACUGAACGCAUUGAGUGUGUCAGGAAAAGACAAGAUUGAAAAGAUUGACUUUGCUGGAAAUGGUUACCUAACAGACGCUGCCCUACACUUGCUUAACAAAAACUCUUCAAACAAGGAUAUAUUUGACCAGCUGAAACAUGUGGAUUUAAUGGGCUGUAACCUAGUAACAGAUCAUGGCAUCCAGGCACUUGUCCAGUGCAUCCAGAAUUCUACAUUAUUAACACAGAUUAAUCUUGAUGGUUGUGAGUUAUUGACAGAAAACACAUUUUCUAUGAUGAAAAAGUUAAUUUCUACGAGACAAGGGAAACUGCAAUGCAACAUGAGAGCUACUUCUGUUGCCCUCCAGGCCAACAGGUGUAAAUCUAUGAACAAUUUAGGAUGUCAGCCUCUAAAAUCAGACAAAGAUUUUCUACAUGGUAAUGUAUUAAUUGUACCUCAUCCCAGCCUGACUACAAGUGUCGCUGAAUAUAUAUACUCUGGAAAAGUGGUAGAAAAAUCUUCCGGAUUUUUCAAAUCUGACCUCAAAGUUGAUGACUGGACCAUGUCAGUCACAGAAAUAAACCCAUCUAGUUGUUUACUGGACAGCAUGGAAUCAAUGGGCAGUGGUCAAGUGAUGAUUCCAUUUGAUGCAAGUUCUGACCCAAAGGACAUUACCAAACAUGUGACAACAACAAUAUCAAGAGUUGUUGCAAAGGAACCUGUUUGGCAGGAGUGGAGGGGCUCAAAACAGGAAAUUCCUUUUCAAGCCAUACAGAGCACUGUACCAUUUAUGGAUGUUUAUAAAGUUGUUGGACUAGAUCUGCUAGACCAACCUGAUGGCAGCAAGAACAUUCGAAAUAUAAGUCUGUCAGAUUCGAUGAUAGGGGUGUUCGUUUCGAGAGAAAGGUUCACACGUUCUAACAGUUAUUUUGAAGUCACAGUAGGGAUCGAGGGUGACAGUGGUAAAAGUGGCGCCCUUAUUGGUUGUCUGUACGAUGUCCUCUACUCGGAGAAUAACCCCAUGGAUUCCUCUUCCGAUGUUGGAGGGAUGGUUGACGGCUUUGAAGUAGCAUCUGGGCAGAAAAUUGUAGGAUUUGGAAUAGAUGGAGAAUGGGAAUCUGAGUAUGUGCCCUGUAGUGACGCCGAGUUCUAUUUUACUGAAGAUGGUGUGAAGCAACCACCUAAAAACCCUGAUGAAAAGCUAAAACCAAACGGAUCUAUGUACCCAAUUGUAUCAGUUCUCGGAGAAUCAAUAUGUACAGCAAAGUUGCCACCCCUAGUAGAAGCACCAGAGGAGUUAAAAAGGAAGUGGACCAAAGAAAAUAGAUGGAUUGAGAGGGGACGUGCUUGUGAUAUUCUUGUAGAUAAGGAGGGAAGAAUGAGAUAUUGCAGGAAUUAUGCGUCUGGCAGUAUGAGGGGUAUAUUCCUCGGACUGCGUGCGCCAGAUAACUACUCAUUUUCAGUUGUCAUAGAGGAACUUUCUCCAGAUACUAAUUUUAGCAUCGGAAUUGCCGGAGAGAGUUUAGUCAGUCUUGUGGCAAGUGGGAAAGGAAAUAUUCUAUACAGCUUAGUUUUUGAAACAAUUAAGUCUGGGGAAGUCAGUAUCAAGUGCGAGAAAGUAAAGGGUACUGCAGAGAAGGAAAUUAUAGAGCAAAUCAAGGAAUUGAAAGUUGGUGAUGAAAUCAAAGUAGAUUGCAAAGUGGUCAAUUCUGAGAAAGUAAAAACAGAUAUGGACAUGACCUUCUAUCAUAACAACAAACAGGUGUUUUCCUCGGUGGUUUCUUUUGACUUCAAAGCAAAACCAGCACGAUUAGUUCCCUAUGUAGGUAUAAAAACUAAAGAUGUCGUUCUAAGACUGAAGAAUUACAUGCCCACAUACCGCAGACCAGCACCUUACAAAGAUAAAAUAACACUUGGAAGAUGCCACUAUAUGAAUGUGAUGGACAAUGGAGAAUGUCAUUUCAAGGUGCCUGAUCAUUUUCCAAAUGACGGGAAAGUAUAUGGGUGGUUUAUGGGCAAGACUCCAUUUAACAAAGAUCUCCUGGAGUUCACAGUUGAAGUGAUGGAACUGGAUAUAAACAAACUAUUUGGUAUUGGUGUUACAGAGCCAAACUUUGUAGAGAGCCAUUCAUUUAUUGGAUGGAAACAGGACCAGCUAGGAUAUCAUGCUGACAAUGGAAAGUAUUAUCACAAUGAUGGAACCGGGAGUGACAAAGGCUAUAAAGGCGGUCCAAUUGACUCAAAAAUAAUUGAAGGUGAUACGGUGAAAUUAAAAGUAGUUCCGGCAGAUCAUCUUACGCCACUGUUGUUUGACGAGGAGGGUGUACUUCAACCUCACCAGAAAUUGUUAAUCCAGUUCUAUAAAAAUGGAGAACUUAUGUAUGAGAUCCCACAUGAGUUUCACAGUGAGGCGAUGUACCCAGCCUUUAGCACAAGAAACUCAGUAGUGAAAAUCCACAACUUCUAUCCUGAGACUGCGGCAUUACUAGCGAAGACUUUCAGCAUGAACCAGAAAAAUGAAGAAAAACCUAAUGAAAAAGAAAUACCUGAAGAGCCUCCUCAAGAUUUAUUUAAAGGAACAGAAUUUCUAGUUGUCGGGGUAACCAAUGGGUCAUCUGAUCCUGCUGGCAAGCUACAAAUUCUUAAACAACAAAUAGAACAGAUAGAUAAAUCAAAUUUUCAGGAAAUGAACAAUGUGGCAACGGCAAUAUCUGAAAUGGAACGAGAUUUGGCCUCUAUGGACCUUCAAGAUCAGCAGAGGUAUGGUCAGCUAUGUGGUAUCUAUGACAACAUGAUGAACUUUGUCAACAACAUCAAGGAUAGGGUUAGAUAUCUCCCACUUACCUUGAAUGCUGAACCUGACAAACUGAAAGAUGGUCGUGACAAAAUCUUAACAGAGCUGGUGAAAGCAGAAACCCGACUGAAAGCCUUGCAGCCUCUCAGAUAUAAGGAAUAUGUGCUGGUAGCAGGUGCUGGCAAAAAUGAGCAAUUUACAGAUGAAAUUCUGAAAACUCUGUCCGCAGAAAAAAUUCUGGAAUUUUCUAAAAUAUUCACUCAUUACUUAAAAGAUUUGUCAAAUACAAAUGGACGGUCAUUGAUGAGUAUAUUGAAGCUUAUGCAAUCAAGGGGGCAGUUACUCUUGUUGGAUAUUGGCAGUGACAAGAUUAUUGUGGAUAUAGAGUACAUGAUUCAUCUUGAAGCAAAUCUAUGGCAGCUAUUACCAGCAGAUCUUAUCAAGAUUAAUACCACAGUAACAUGUAUUGGUGAUAGCAGCCAUGUUUGGGAGCAUAAGUCUGUAGAGACAAAGAUACUGGGUGAAAUACCAGGAGCUGGUGAUAAAGAAGACAAGAAGAAGGUAUUGUGGUUGUUACUGGAGAAGAGUCUAGGACUUAUAAGAGUCCCCUGCCUGAGGACGAAACCUGAAGAAGAACAUUCCGUCUUUGUAAUUCAACAAAAUGUGUCCAGUCCACCUCAACCUUUGAAUGACUACUGGACACCUAGCAAAGAUUCUACAAAUUACGUUGUUAUGAAACAGAAGUAUACAUUCCCCCUCGGUUUACCAGAUUAUAUUCUUCCACUCAUCAUAUCAAACACAAACAAAUUUGGUCACAUGAUAGUAAUGUCUGGAGGAGGCGUGGUUUAUCAAAAUGGGGCGGUCCAAACUGUCAUCAUCAAGGAGGAGAUUCAUGGGAUGGAUACUAUUGUCCUUGAAUCAUGGUGUUACAUGCCAAAUCUGGACACCCUGGAUGACUCAAGAAUGUCAAAAUUAACGCCCUCCUAUGUCAAGGACUAUACUUGGAAUAUUUUCUGUAUCUUCACUGAUAUUGUUGAUGACCUUCUACAAAGGUCAAGAAUUGUUCCUAUGGUAACAAAAGAUUUCCCAAAAGACCUUGUGAACAUCUCUGUUGGUUGCAAGCACACAUGGGUGAACAAUGCAGAUUGUUCUGUUGUUCAGUCUGUUUGUACAAUGUGUAACCAUUGCUGUGGUAACAGGGAAGACUGUCCUUGGAAUGGUAUUAUGGGAGAGUAUCUACGACAGAGUGGUUGCUGUGCAGACACAUCAGGCUGUCAGGGUUGUGGUAUAUGCAUUCCUUGUGCACAAGAGUUAUGGGGUAUACGGUCUCGGUUACGGCCAUACGGUAAUGCCAUUACAGAGAUAGAGUUGAACAUUGCUGAGAAAACAAGGAUUUUAAAGCCUGGUGAGGAGAGUAAGCAGAAAUUGAGGGAUCCCCUGAAACAAUCAGUCAUGCCAUUAGACCCCUUCAUCUUUAAUGAAAUAGAAUUUACAAAUCUGUCUUCUGAAAACAAAUUAAUUUGUCUCAGAGAGGAAUCAGAUGGUACGAUACUGAAGGCUUUCCCAGGUGUUGCAGCCAGUGUAAAAGAUUUAAAUACAGCCAAUUUACCUGGAAAAUUACCAAAUCUACUAAGUAAUGGAGAUCAAAUCAAACUGAAGAUAACAGAUCCACUGGGAGCAUCCUUGCUGCCAUCAGAAGAGUCUAAAAAAGGAACAGACAGACUUCAAAUAGAGCCUCAAUACUUUGCAUCUAUUGGUCGAGAGGUCAAGGUCAUACAUGAAUCUGGAAUAGUAGUGUAUGAUUCACCAUCCACGGCUAUUCCUGUUGGUCAGCUGAUAGCUGUACGACCAAUGACAAAGGAGUUUGACAAUUUCUCCAUUCGAGUUUUAGCAGUUGGUAAAUCAAGUACCAUUGCUAUGGGCUUAGCACCACAGAACUACGCCCCAAACCGACAGCCAGGCUGGAAUUCUCAAUCCAUUGGCUACCAUGCAGAUGAUGGAGGGAUUUAUCUGGAAUCGGGCUAUGCUACAAGAAAAACACAGAAAUGUCAAGUUGGUGAUAUAAUGUCCUUUUACAUCGACUUUGCCAAGAACAAAGGCUUCUUUAGAAAGAAUGGAGAGAAAAUGAUUGAGUUAAAUUUGAACUUUAACAAACUAGCGUGUUAUCCUACGAUAGGAUUGCACUCUCAUGGGGAAGCUGUGGAGAUCCUAGAGAAAGAAUUUUGGAUUCCAAAAACAGAGCAAGAAAGCAAUUACACUCCACCUGCCUAUGCGACAUACAAAUAUGGGAAUCUCUGGAUCAGUCCUGGUGACAAAGUGCCCUUGACUAGAUUAAAGGAUAACAAGUUGACUGGAUGGAUCAUCCUCCAUAAUCCAAUUAAAGAUCCUGUUGGAUUUAAGGUACGAGUGGAAGGUGCAAAAGACUUGCAGUUCUUUGGUAUCAUUGACAACAAGAAAAACUGGUUAAAAGAUCUGAUUAUAGAAAAUGAUACUGUGGUGAAUGAAGUUAUAGUGGAAUGGACAUCUUUAGAGCCAGGAAGAACUUACAAAAUUGAUGAGAUGAAGACAUUUUUCGGAGAGUCGGAGGAGCAGGUUAAUCAAAGCAGCCAUCUGCACAGAUUACCUGUAGAGAUUAUAAACACAACAGAUGCUAUAGAAACAUUGCAGACAGUGUCAAGCGGACCUCCUCGAGACAAGAAGUCCCUGUGUUUGUCGGUAUAUCGGAACAUGAAACUGGUUGAUGAAUACUGGCUCAAAUAUGGAAACUACAAUGUGUCUGUCGAAGCCUCAAAUAAAAAAGCAAAAUUUUUGCUGAAGUAUCCGAAAUGCCAAAGUUUCACAUACCCAAGGGGCUUUCAGAAAGGAAUGAAGUUUGUUAUCUACCUGGAUAGUGAGAAGGCAUUUGCAGAAUGUGUUGUGGUUGAGGUAUACCCAGGCGGGAAAAGUUUGGCUCUUGAGUACUCCCCUAAGGAUCGAACAUCAAACUUGACUGUUUGUGUGAUGACAACAUCAUCUGCGUUCAGUUUCUCGGAAUAUGACAAUGAUCAGUCUGUAGUCAUUCCUUAUGAAACAAGAAACACGCCAUCAAAUCUCACCAGGACGUUUGUCAAUGCUCCACCAUACCUUCUAUCUGAGGGAGCAAAGAAGGCAUUGCCAGCAUUGUACCCUGAGUGGAAGGCCAACAUGCUGAAAUCCAUGGCUGAUUGUUCACAGGUGUUUACCAGAUUAACAGUGCAGGAACACAACAUUGCCCAGGCAGCAAAGAACUUGAUGCAUUGGUACCCAGAGAGUUACAAUGGGCACUUGUUUACGUUCUUACCGAGUCAGUUAACCCAGUCAAAACUGGUUUAUCCUCAACCAGAACAGAUGUUCUCCAAUGUGUCCGUCCAUAGACUGUGUUUUGCCGAGAAUGAACUGUUGCUGUCCUCAGGUUACCAUGAUCAAACCUUGUUUGAGAUGCCGCUAAAAUUAGCCUUACAUUAUGUAGACAUUCCUGGUAUACCUCCGGAUAAAUCUUUACCAGUGGACGUCCUAUUUGGAGAAGGUCUGAACGUGUGGACCUAUGUUGCUCUAAUAGCCACCAAGCUGUACCUGCCUUCUUAUAAGAAGAUGAUACCUGAUGACUCUGGAAAAUUUUCACGUGAGCAAAUAGAACAGGUUUUAUACAACAUGCUGCAGACAUAUACCUCACUGUGUGGGAUAUAUGCGGCAUCAUGGGGUGGCAUACAGUACUCUCAGAUGAGCGAAGUUCGCGACGUACGUAGAGCUAUUCAACACGAGGAUAAAUAUCUUGUGCAACUUACACAAGCUCAACAGUUUGACCCCCAUGUGCUCAUUCAAAAGGGAGAUUUUGCAAUCUGUAAAGCACAUCUGAUGAAUUAUGGGAUUAGUGAUAACGAAAAUCUCUAUUUCAAAGAAGAAGUAGAAUUUAAGUAUCAGUUCUUCGAGCCAUAUAUUGAUCAUGUGACCUUAUUUCUAUGGUGUCACGAAGAGUUGAAGCAGCUACCAGAGGAUUUUUUCAAGCGGUUUGCAAAUUUGAUACAUUUCAAACUGGGAGAGUAUGGUACAAUUAUGUCAAAGUUCAAGAAACUUCCGGAAGGCAUUGGUGCAGCAAAGAAACUGAGGUAUGUUGAAAUAUAUGAUGUUGCCAUGGAGAAACUGCCAGAUGACAUCUUCAUGGGGAAAAACGUUGAAACAUUGCUGUGUUCGAACAUUCCGGUGAAAACAUUACCAACACAGUGGCCAACAGAGAGCAAGCUGAGUAAACUCUCGUUAUGUGGGCUGUUGAUUGACAAGUUACCGGAGGAGAUAGGUCAACUGAGUGAGUUAAAGGAGUUUGACCUUUGUCGUAAUCCAAUCACUGAUCUUCCUGGUGCUCUACAGAAACUGAAAAAACUCACGUUUCUUAGUUUACAAGGUUGCCCACUGCUUAUUCUUGAAGGGAAACGUACAUCAGUUCGUACAACGCACCAACAGUUUGAGCACUGGUAUAGUCAGAACCCUUACAUUCGUUAUAUGCUUGGAUUCGAUGACAAAGACAAGCUUUUUGGUGUAUUUGAUGCAAAUCACAAUGGAAGUCUGGAUGAAGAGGAGAUUGCAGCGCUAAAUUUAGAAUUCUUUUUCAAAGUUCCUCGUCUUGGUAUUACAGACAUAAAUGAUGAGGUGACUGGUGGUAUACCUCCUGUGGUUUUCAAUUUGAAGAGUCUUGUUGAACUUCAUUUGGAAUACAACGCCAUCACUAUGGUACCACAGGCUAUCAACAACCUGUCAAACUUGAAACUGUUGGGUCUCAGUCAUAACCCACUGUUAGAGUCCCUGCCAGGAUCUCUUGGACAUUUGCCAAAUAUUCAAA